AGGAACAAUCUCACAAAUCGUACCGUCCUUUGACGGUGCUGACCUUCAGAUGGAACUACGCCAUCCACGGCCUGCAGCCGGCAGGCUACCACCUCGUCAACUUGUUGUUACAUGCCCUCGUCUCACUACUAUAUUACAGGGUGUGUGCAAUGUUCCUGCCGGAGUUCGCGAGUUUCGUCGCCGCCAUCUUGUUUGCUGUUCAUCCUAUUCAUACUGAGGCGGUGACAGGCGUGGUUGGCCGCGCAGAGAUGUUAUCGUCUCUAUUCUUCCUCGGCGCGCUUCUGUGCUACGCACGCGCUUCACAACGGAGAAGAUACACAGACUGGCGCUAUGUGGUGGCGUGUACAGCAUGUGUGGGAGUAGCAAUGCUGUGCAAAGAGCAAGGCAUCACAGUGACCGGCGUGUGCGUCGUCUACGAACUCUUUGUAGCACAGAAACGUCGAAGUUCAGGGGGUGUCAGUCGCUGGUCGUGGGUUGACGCGUGGGGCAAAGGCUCUGGCUGGGGCUGUGCUUGCGGCGAGGCUGCCCGUAGGGUUGCCACUGUAUGCUGCGCCACGCUUGCACUGCUAGCCGCCAGACUGCACGUCAUGGGCGCGCAGUUGCCAGUCUUCACGAGAUUCGACAACCCUGCUGGAGCUGCACCCCCGCCUGCGAGACAUUUAACCUUCGCCUACCUACCAGCUCUGAACGCCUGGUUAUUAACCCUACCUGAAGCGUUAUGCUGUGACUGGACUAUGGGCACGGUGGCACUACUCAAAUGUUGGCGUGACCCUCGCAACAUCGCCACUUUGACGCUCUUCAUCAUCAUCGUCGCAGCCACUAUACACGCUUUGAGGACUAGAUCUUCUGCUCUAUCUAUGGGUCUAGCACUACUCGUCUUACCGUUUCUACCAGCAUCAAACUUAUUCUUCCCCGUGGGCUUCGUGGUUGCUGAGCGGGUUCUGUACAUGCCUUCCAUGGGCUGGUGUCUCCUCGUGGCCCACGGCUGGCGUCUCCUGGCCAAGAGGCGAGCCAAACUCGCCGCCAGCGCCCUCAUAUUUCUCCUCCUAGCAUUCAGCGCUAAAACUUAUAUGAGGAAUUGGGAUUGGAAGACUGAAUAUUCAAUAUUUGCUUCGGGACUGAAGGUAAACCGCAACAACGCCAAAUUGUACAAUAACGUAGGACAUGCCUUAGAAGCAGAAGGAAAAUACGCAGAAGCACUAGAGUUCUUCAACACAGCAGUUAGUGUACAACCAGAUGACGUUGGAGCCCACAUCAAUGUAGGCAGGACCUACAACCAUCUAGGGAGAUACCAAGAAGCUGAAGAUGCUUAUGUUAAAGCCAAAUCUCUUCUACCGAAGGCUAAGCCUGGUGAAUCAUACCAAGCAAGGAUAGCCCCUAACCACUUAAAUGUGUUCUUGAAUCUUGCAAACUUGAUUUCAAAGAACGCAACAAGAUUAGAAGAAGCAGACAUGUUAUAUAGACAAGCCAUAAGUAUGCGAGCGGACUAUACCCAGGCCUACAUAAAUAGAGGAGAUAUUUUAAUCAAAUUAAAUAGGACUAAAGAAGCACAGGAGGUCUAUGAAAGGGCAUUGCUGUAUGACAGUGGGAACCCUGACAUUUACUAUAACUGUUACCGGCGCAUCCUGGAGCUGGAGGCGGACAACGUGCAGGCGCUGCACAACCUGUGCGUGGUGGCGGUGGAGCGCGGCCGCCUCGCCGCCGCCGAGACGUGCCUGGCGCGCGCCGCGCAGCUCGCGCCGCACGAGCACUACAUCCAGCGCCACCUGGCGGUCGUCCGCGCGCGCCGCGCCGCCGCCGCCGGGCCCGCGCCCAGCGCGCCCCCCCACCCCGCCGCCGACACCAGCGCCACUAGCGCCGCCAGCGAGGUGCGCGCGCGGUGGAACUACAUCCCGCAGCAGCCCCCCGACCCGCACGAGGCCGACGACUCAUAGCCGACCGCGCUGUACUAGACUCCGACCCCGACCCGACGUGUAAAUAACAUUUCGCUUAGGAAUAUCUUCUUUGAACACCAAACUGAACGAACGGCCAGUCGCGGUAUAUCUGCCUAUCGAUUAUUUUUAUAAUUUCUUCGAACAAUCAGGGUAUUACCUUCUAUCUGACUCGGACAUAAUGUAUUGUAUUUCACCUUACUGUUGCUUUGUUUCGAUUGUUUCCCUCUCAAUUUAUGGAACUACCCAUUUUGUAACGAUACUGAACGAAGUGUUUACGCCAAACGAUGUAAUAAAAUUAUUGAUCUCGUAGGUAAAAAACUUGAUUUGCAUAACGGCGUUUCGUGAUAUUAGUUAAAGACAUCAUUAAUUAUAAUUGUGUAUGCCAUAUAUGAAUAGGUAUUAUGUAGACUAUGUUUCAACGAGCUUUUGUCAUUAGCCCGGUAUACGGAAUGUACGGACAAUUACAAUAUGUGUGUAUUUAAAAAAAUAAUUGGAAAUAGCAUAAUAGACAUGUAUAAACUGUUUCCAGUAAAUUAAUUAUCUAAGUUUCUCUAGUCACAAUGCUCGUUUCGAUAAAAUGUUCGGUUAUGUACUAUAGUUAGAGUAUGAAAUACAUUGCAUUGUACAUGAAAUUAAAGUUGAAUGACCCCGUGCUUCGAUUAGGCGUGGGUGUAGCACUAGUGAGGCGCCCCGCAUCGCUGCGAAUCCAUCUGUAAUCAACCAUCGUGUUACCUAGAUAAACGACCAUUUGUAUAAAGGAUCAGUCAUUACCUGUUCAAAUAAUCACAAUCACAUGCUCACCGUCCAACAAAGUCUUUGGAGAGUAACCAGUGAACACAGUGACAAAUCAGGAGGCCAUCAACCACCAUUGUGAAGAAGUCGAAAUUAAUUCAGUAUGUAUCUUCUCGGAAUCUUAGCAACCUGUGUAAAUUUACUAUUUCAUUCUGAGUUUGUACUUAUCUGCGGUGCACACUGCUGUUAUGUUUUAGACUUUUUUAUAGGAAUUUGGUACUUGAUUUUUGUACUGCAUGUAGGAGAUGACAAUAUAACAUAACAGCCCCAAAUAAUACUAAAUCUAAUAAUCAUAUUCGUGGACGCCGCGCCGCUGCCGGCAGAAUUUCUUUCAAGAAGGUACACUUACUGCCACCUGGCCCACAAAUAAAAAAAUUUAAUGAUUUAAAAUAUUACAUUUGUUAUUUUUUGACUAGGCAAAAUCUAGAGGGAUUUUGACAUAAUUUCAAGAUUUCCUAACUAGAACAUCCUCGAAAACUAUUAUCAGUUUUGUCUAGAUAUGUUUGUGAAGUAAUAAACGGGCCCAUCCCAGCCCAAGGUCAGUCACCCGUUCCCUCAUCCUAUCAUGUCUAAAUGUUAAAUAAUUUUGUAUUUUUUUGGCUUGGACGCCUAGAUAUGUAAAGAUAUUGCAAGACUUCUGCCGGCGCGGCGCCCAUGUCUCUCAAUAUUGGUUGGCUAUUUGACAACCAAUUUAUUGACCAAACGUAACCUUCAGUAAAUUGAUUGUUAACUCCGGGUAUAUUGAACACUCAAAAUAAUGAGAUAGAAUUAAUAAAUAACUCUUUUCCCUCUCCCAAUCAUGUACACUGAGUGCCUAAUUAAAUAUAAUUUUCGUAGAGAAUAAUUGUAAGAUAUUGUAAACGUAAUUCUUUGAGGAUUGUUUUGUUUUACAAAUAUUACAGCAGUGUGUGGGAUCAGUUGCUGUUUGUAUAUUGUAUUAAUCAAAAUUGGUAGCUGAAUGUACCUACAUUUCCAAAAUAAUAUUUAUUUUCUUAACCAUUAAUGGUAACGUAAAAAAUGAAGUGAUCGACCGUUAUUAGAAUUAGAUGUGAAAAAUGUAAUGUUGUUAAUGUUUUAAGAUAAAAAGUAACUUUUGUAAAAACUGAAUUUUUUACAAUGUCUUGAAACAUUUCUUGUGGGAACUCUGUUAUGAGUUGAAUUCGUAAGGACCCCGAAUAUUGUAACUAUUUGUCGUCAAAACGUUUAUUUUUAUAAAAUAAAAUGUUUCAAAUGAUUUUUUGUGUGUUUUUGUUUUAUUUUACCGUUCCUAGUAUGUGGAAAAGCUGCAGGGUAUCUGUAGGAAGGAUGAAUAAAAUCAAAGGCCAGUAUUUGUGUAAAAGAUUCACUAUAUUGUUUUGUACAGUGAGCAUUUAUCAAUUUCAAAACAAUAUCGCCCCUAUUACACUAAGAACGACUUAAAAUAUUUUUCUCAUUUUCCUUUCCACUAGACUUUAAUACGACACGGUUCUAAUUUCGUGGAAUUGCUUAAAUAAUUGCUUAAUCGUGUAAGACGUCAUCAAAAACAAACAUUUGAAAAAAUAAAAACAGUCAAAUGACACAUUUAACAAUACAAAUAAGCAAAGGUAGGAAUAUCUAGCAUUUACUCUAUAGACGGUAAUGGGACCUACAAAUUUAAGUACUAUCACGGGUAGCAGUCCUUGCAGUUCUUUGUACACACGAUACAUACGUUACUAUGUAAAAUGGUAAAACAAAAAGACUAUCCAGCGACUAAACAAUUUCAUCAAACAAGAAUUUACAAUUCUCUACUGAUCAAUAUAAUAAAAUCAAAUAAAAAUGGCCAUAAAACAACGCAUCGAAUGUCUUUAUAGUAUCUUUUUAAUUUAAACAAGAUCUUAAUAAGUAAAAGAAAUAUGAAUAACAUAAAAUAAUCUAAGGUAAAUAAAGGAAUAUAAUUUAUUUACUAUACAUUUUCUCAUCACGAAUAACAGAAUCUCACUCACUCUCUUCAAACUUACAUCUAAAUUUUCUAACUUCAAAUACUAUCCACUUAAUUUUAAUUUUCUUUCGAUGGACUCAUUUAACCUAAUUUUGUUCCGUACAUAUUUACUAUUGCUGUUACAUGAUUCAAAUUAUAAGGCCCCUUGAAACCCGAUCCUAAAGACAAUUCACAGGUUACACAACGAAGCAUCGCCCGCCACGCCGCCGCUCGGCAUGGCCGCGACGAUUGCACUUUAUGAUCGCACCUACAAUUAGAAUAUUCGACAACAAAAACAAUGUCGAAACAGAAAACUAACCAUAGACUAACAACAACAAAUUAUACUUAUAAUUUCAGAGUUCUCACUCAGCAAACCCAUGUUUGCCAGGCAAAACCUUCCAAACAAAAAUAGAAACCUCCACGAGGGUAUAUUAUUAGGUAUAUGAGAAGCAGUCGUCCGCUAUCGAAUAUCUGUACAAAUGACCAGUCGUUGUAUAAAAAUAUCCGAGUAUAUAAAAUUGUAGGCAAAAGUUAGGGGUCGACUGUAGCUAUAAGGUAAACUUUAAAAUUUAGUGCACAAGGAACAGUUUGGUGUGUGAGGACUGUUGCCACGGCUGUGCUGUCGGCCAGGAUCUCAGCGCGGCGCGCGGAGUACUUCACUUGUACUCCUCCUCGGCGUCGAAGUCGCCGUCCUCGUCCACGUCCGGCACCACCGCCGCCUGCUGCUGCGUCAGCGCCAGGGGACCCUUCUUGUACGCCGUCAUCUCCU